AUGUCUUAUCCAGGAGGGCCACCACAAGGGCCACCACGAGGGUUGAACCGGCAGGAUACAGGAAAGCACGUCACGGACCAGAUAACUCAGAUGUUCCAGGGCAUAACUGGAAGACCCUCUGAACCUGCCUCGCAGCCGCAGCCGCAGCCGCAGCCAGCGGACCAGCAGGUAUUCCAACCGGUUCAGCAGGUACCACAACCAAUCCAGUUGGUAUCGCAACCGGUCCAGCAACCUGUCCAACUGCCGGCUCAACAGCUAGCAGUAUCGCAACAUCAGCAAGAUCAGCAACUUCUACAUCUCCAACAACGUCAGCAACAUCUACAACGUCCGCAACAUCCUUCACAAGUCCCUCAACAGAAUGCUUUACCUCAAACACGUCAUCCCCGCGCCCAGUCUAUCCCACAGGGUCAACAACCACAAGGGAUACAGCUUAUUUCUCAGGAUCAACAGCAUCGUGCCGCAAAGCUUCGCGAAAAUCAUCAGAGGCACCAACGCAACAAUCGUACCGCUCGAACUGUACAGGCAACCCCGCCUCUUGCUGGACCGCAGAAUGUCCAACAUCUUGCACAACCUUCCGCGUUCCAACAUCUACAGCUCCCCUCUAACUUCGUGCCAUCGACAAUGGUGGCGGCAGUAAUGCCGGUGAUGCCAACGGACCAGCAGCAGGUGUCUCUGCCUCAGAACAUGUCGCAAAUACCCUUCGCGCACAUGCACAUGUCACCUCAGUUCUCGGGACCUUCGCCUCCUCAAGCAGGCGUUUCGCCAGUUGCCUACCAGCAAGCUGUCUCCGCCUCGCCGCCACACUUCCACUUUGAAAACCCGUUCUCACUUCCGAACUUUGGCGGUCCCGUCCUCUUCCCUACUGACAUACCUGGUCAAUUCUCCGAGCGUCCCCGAAAGCUUGGGCAGCAUGAUUCCGCAGUUCUUUUCCAAGCUAGGAUUCGGGAAUUAUUGCAAAAUCCAUUCGAAAUUAAUCUGCCAGCUAUUAUUGCGAUGGAAUGGCGAACGGCCGUCGGAGACCCCCCUCAGAAUAAGGCUGAUCACACCAGACACAUGAAUUCCAAAAGAUUUUACUUCGAAACGUUCAUCCGCUACAUCAGCGACCAUGAUUCCUUGACGGACUGGGACUACAUGAUCUUAGCAAGCCUACUGGUUGCGAUACAAGCAGACAAUACUUUCGACGCGGCCUUCGUACACGAAAUGUUUCUUCGCGCAUAUGAAUUCUUCCAGAGAGAGAUUCCGGGAGGAAAAGAAGCCAGCCGAAUAUAUUCGUUCAUGAUGAAGCUUCACGACAAACAAUUCAUAAACACUCCUAUGUUGUAUCAGUUUAACUCGGGGGUAAUGCCACCGCUCAUGCUGCAACCCAUUGCGCAACCUAUUCCUCAGCCUAUGGCCCCAGCCACCCCGCAACCCGUCAUGCAACCUAUGCCUCGGCCUGGGCCACCUCCCCCAAUGCUCCAGUUGAUGCCUCAACCUAUGCCACUACCCAUGUCGCAACCUAUGCAACAACUUACGCCGCAACUUACGCCGCAACCUAUGCCACGAAUCACGCCGCAGCCCACGACGAAAGCUCCGCCUCGGCCUAAGCCUAAGCCAAAGCCUCGGCCUAAGCCCCGUCCUAUCCCGGAUCCCAUGCCGGAUCCCGUCCCGCAACCUGCCCCGCCACCUGCUCUGCAGUCCGUACCGCAGUCCGCCCCACGCUCUGUACCGCAGCCAGUCCCGCAGUCAGUUCCACAGUCCGCCCCAGAGUCCGUCUCGCAACCCGCUGCGCAAUCCACCCCACAGGUCGUUCCGCAGGUCGUUCCACAGGUUGUUCCGCAGGUCGUUCCGCAGGUCGUUCCGCAGGUCGUUCCUCAGGCCGGUCCUCAGGCCGUCCCGCAGCCUGCCACGCAACCCGCUGCAGAACCGGCGCAACCGGCGAAGGACCAUCUCGACCCGCCCUCGACCGGCCUCGACUUUGGGUACGACUGGAACCUCUUCGCGGACCUACCCGAGAGCAUGGAGUGGUACGACGACGCGUUCGAUAAAACCGAUUUCGGUGAUCUCGGUAUUUAA